CACACACAGACGCCUCUUGUCAAAAAAGAAAAUCCACGGCGUGUUUGGAGGAGAGUCCACGCGCACAGAGGAUCGUGGUGUUUGGACACGUUUCAGUUUGUUGGAGGAUCCCUCAGCUGCAGAUCCUUCAUCAUCCUCUUCAUCAUGCUGUUCGACAGCUUUGACCUGGUCUCGGCGCUGGCCACGCUGGCCGCGUGCCUCGUGUCCGUGGCUCUGCUGCUGGCCGUGUCUCAGCAGCUGUGGCAGCUCAGGUGGACCGCGACCCGCGACAAGAACUGCAAGCUGCCCAUGCCAAAGGGAUCCAUGGGCUUCCCGUUCAUCGGAGAGACCUGCCACUGGCUCCUGCAGGGCUCGGGCUUCCACGCGUCGCGGAGACAGAAAUACGGCAACGUGUUCAAGACUCACCUCCUGGGUCGUCCCCUGAUCCGGGUGACGGGCGCCGAGAACAUCCGCAAGGUGCUGAUGGGCGAGCACACGCUGGUGACGACGGACUGGCCGCAGAGCACGUCGACGCUGCUCGGUCCAAACUCGCUGGCCAACAGCAUCGGAGACAUUCACCGCAAGAGGAGGAAGGUGUUUGCUAAAGUCUUCAGUCACGAGGCCCUGGAGUCGUACCUCCCCAAAAUCCAGCAGGUGAUCCAGGAGAGUCUGCGAGUGUGGAGCUCCAACCCCGAGCCCAUCAACGUCUACAGAGAGAGUCAGAGGCUGUCGUUCACGAUGGCCGUCAGAGUUCUGUUGGGCUUCAGAGUUUCUGAGGAGGAGAUGAGGAAUCUAUUCGACACCUUCCAGGACUUUGUGGACAAUCUGUUCAGUUUGCCCAUCGACCUGCCGUUCAGCGGCUACAGGAGGGGAAUCCGAGCUCGUGACGCGCUGCAGAAAAGCAUCGAGAAAGCGAUCCGAGAGAAACCUCUGUGUCCCCAGGGGAAGGAUUACAGAGACGCACUCGAUGUCCUGAUGGAGAGCGCCAAAGAGAACGGCACCGAGCUGACCAUGCAGGAGCUGAAGGUGACA